AUGGUGCAGCGCAUGCGGACACUUUCGCAAGAGAACUUGAAUCAGUACGAAUUGUGGCUUCACUGCCUCAAAGUCGAGGAGAUGUCUGCAUCAAACCCAGCCGACACGGAGCUCAUUCUGUCAAAGAUCGAAGACAAAGCGCGUUUCAAUGAAGAGUUGCAAAGUCUCAUCUUCGGCAAGGAUGGCCUCAUCAGUGCCUGCCACAUGGGCUUCGAGCGGAUGGCGAUCUUGGGAGCUGUAGCCAGGCAGGGCGCCAUCCGGCUGAAGCAGGCAAGUUCAUCUGAUGUAGCGAGCGCAAGCUCUGACAGCGGGAGCCCAAGCGCCGGCUUCACCUCGGUGGGCGGGUGA